AUGCACAUUAAGAUUGAUAUGGACAAAGCCUUUGGUAGGGUCAACUUGGAAUCUCUUAUCAAAGUUAUGACCCAAAUGGGAUUCAGCACUCAAUGGUGCAACCUAAUUCAUCAAUUCAUCUCCACCACCAACCUUGUUGUGCUGGUUAAUAGUUCUCCUGGAAAUUUCUUCAAACCAACAAGAGGACUCAGACAAGGAAAUCCCCUUUCACCUUACCUAUUAUUAUUCUGCAUGGAGACCCUCUCUAGAUACCUGAUAUAUGCAGAAUCACAAGGCCUUAUACAUGGAACAAAAAUCUGGAAUGAAGCUCCUACCAUUAAUCACCUUCUCUUUGCAGAUGACUGCAUGAUUUUCUGCAAAGCUAAUAUGGAAGAAUGUAACAAUCUAAUCAACAUUUUCCAAGAUUUUGGUCAAUCCUGUGGACAGUUGAUCAAUUUUGCUAAAUCGGGAAUCUUCUUCAGCAAGAACACUGAUCCGGACAUUGCAGACAACAUAAGUGAUGUCAUGCAUGUUCAAAGGAUCAACAUUACAGAUAAAUACUUGGGCUCCCCUCUCUUCACCAAUAGAAGCAAAGUUCAAACCUUCAAGCCUUGUGUAGAUAAAUUAAAACACAGACUUGCUGGUUGGAAAACUAAUUUAUCAACAGCUGGAAAAGUUACUAUGAUCCAAACUGUCACCUCAACCCUCAGCAUUUACCAAAUGAACUGCUUCAAUAUCACAAAUGACACCUGUAAAGAGAUACAUGUUAUACAAAGGGACUUCUUCUGGAACAAAGAGAAAGAUAAAUCUAAAGGCUUAUUUUACAUUGCAUGGGAUACUGUCAACAAACCAAAGGAUCUAGGGGGAUUGGGAUUCAGAAAUAUGGAAUAUUUCAGUAUAGCUAUGAUAUCAAAAAUUGCAUGGAGAUUAAUUGAAGAACCAAACUCUCUCUUGAGAAGCAUUAUGAAGGCCUCUCAUUAUCCAAAUCAAGAAGUUAUCAGAAUGGAUACCAAGCCUAAGAAUACUGAUUCUUGGAUAUGGAAACAAAUCCUCGAAGUCAUCUCUUGCAUUAAAAAUAUUACAUCUGGAAGAUAA